UUGUUGUUGAACUGCCAGCGCCAUGGCGCUUCAAGUAAUAAAUCUUGGUGUCAGAACAUUUCGUGGACCAUUUUCAGCAUAUUGUCAAAAUCUACCAGCUAUUCAGGCGGUGAGACAUCUGAAGGUAGAAGAUUUUGAUCAGGAGAAAUAUGAGAAGCGAGUUCAUCCCGAAACACCACAAUACCCACAAGAGUAUAGCCUUGAACCAGCAAAAGGAAAGAUAUAUGACAAGAAGCCGUUCAAGAUGACCUUGACAGCAGGGAAGAAGUACUCCUGGUGCACAUGUGGAACAAGUAAAAACCAGCCUCUGUGUGAUGGUAACCACAAGACAAUCCGUGGCACAUCUACAAAGAAAACAUCUCCAAAGUUUGUACCAUUGAGAUUCACUGUGGAGGAAACUAAGGACUACUGGUUGUGUAAUUGUAAGCAGACGAGCAAUCGGCCGUUUUGUGAUGGAACCCACAAACAAGAGGAUAUACAAUCUGCAGUCAGAUCAUAGUGCAUCCAGACUACUGUGAUACUUUUAGCUUCUUGGACUGUGUCUUUGUUGAAAUAAAUUUCAUGCGUGGACAGUUAGAAAUAUGCAAUGCUGUGUGUAAUUAAAAUCUGUUUAAACUUUCAAGUGAGGCUUAGAUUUUGCAAAUGCUCAUGUUCUACACUUAUGUGAAAGGCUACAAACUUCUCAAACCAUGUUGGCUCUCAAAAAAAAUAGGCUUUUCAAUGUUUUUGUUGAUGACAAUGAUUUUUUGUAUCAAAGCGAGCAAUUGUUUACUAAACACAGUACACAUGUGAAUAUAGUUAGCUGAAUGCUUAGGUGUAGGACACAAACUGCGGUGUACAGUCACUUAUUAUUUAACGGAAAUUUUCACUGACACUGCUAUACCAAGUUGGUGAAAACUCGUGGAGUUGAAUGUGAUAAUCAGUAUAGCACACAUGGCUCAUCUGUACCACAUUUUGUACAGCAGAAUAUAAAUUGAUAACUUAGAAAAAUUCCAUGCAAUUUUAGGUGAUUAACAGUAGUCAUGUAGCUCUUCUGUGUAUGGAGGUAAUAUAGUGUUGUCUGCAUUCAGCUGGCAUUCUGUGUUUUCUGUAGCUGUAUUUGAAUCCACGUAAGUGUGUUGCCCAGAAUGCAGUAUGCUUGUGUCAGCUGAUACCAGUGUGUAAAUACAAGAGCACGGAGGACGCUGUAUCUCAGUAUUAUCCUUAUUGCUUUCCUUUCUAAACCCAGAAGAAUGGGGAGUGAAAAUCUUGUUCAGGAACAGUGUUCUCGUGUUAAAACCUCAUUCUGUUGUCAGAUCAACAUGAGUACAAAGUCUCAAAUUUACCCUUUGUAUAAGAUGCGUGCAUAUAACAAAAUCAGUGAUUUAAGGAGAAACGGUGUUCUACCCUCUGAUUGGCUGAUGGACCACACAUCUGAUUAUAACCUCCCAAUAUGGCCGCCCUGAGAUACA